GAGGCAGCAGUAAACCAUCAGAGCCUCAUCAUGAAGGUCCAUCACACUCUGAUCUGCUUCUUCUUCCUCUCUCUGCAGGACGGAAACACUGACGUCACAGAUGAAAAGUUUCUGUUCUAUGGAGUCCCAGGAGGAGAUGUUACAGCUGAGUUUGGCUUUAAUUCUCCAGGAACCUGGAAGAUGUUCUGCAGAGAAAAAUGUGAAGGAGAAAAUAUUCUGAUUAAUACAACUGAUGACAUUCAUCCAAGAGGCAGAUACAGGAGUGAAUAUAUAUAUGAAUCACCAUAUUAUGCUUUCUCUGUGAGCAUCUCAGAGCUGACCACCUCUGACUCUGGACAGUACAGGUGUGUUCUGGGUGGAUCUUCAUCGUCUUCAUAUGGACAGUUUGGAGUUGUUGUUGCUGAAGCACUGCUGGAUGGAAACGAUGAUCAGAGAAAGAAACACUUCUAUAAAGAAGCUGGAAGCUCGCUCACAGUCGGAUGUUCCUUUAAAUACUCUGGAAGCAGAAAGUCGUUCUGUAGGGGAGAAUGUGGAGGAGACGAGGUUCUUAUUCAGGCACAUGAUGAAGAUGCUCACACAGGAAGAUACAGGAUUGGAUCUAGAGGGUCUUCAGGAGGAGGAGUAAUUCUGUAUGUGAGCAUCACACAGCUGAGCAGCUCUGACUCAGGACAGUACAGAUGUUCUCUGAAUCAAACUUCAUUCAGAGACUUUGAGAUCACUGUCACAGAUGAAUUCAGACUGAAACACACCUGCUCUGCUGCCACAGGUGUGCUGCUGUAUGUGAUCGUCUCUCUGUUCGUCUUCAUCGUCCUCUCAUCACUGGCUGCUCUAAUAAUCUGCAUCAAGAGGAAGAGCAGCAGAGGUGAGGCCACAGAAACAAACACAACUUCCUGUCGAGAAUGA